AUGUCUUCUCUCUCACACGGUGGCAGAAUUGUGCCCAUACUCAUGGGCCACCAACAACUACCCGGCUCCACCACCACCCCGGAGACGGCUACUCUCGAGACUCAUCCUUCACCAUCCUCCUGUUACACUUCUGCGCUGCUGGAUCAGCAAGAUGAAUCCACAACUAUGCGCCACAAGAAGGCCAUUGACCUGGCAAGUCUCGAAAUGCCAUGUUUAAGGGAACGCGAUCUAUUUGCUCUGCCAACGGAAGGAGAUGGAAAUUGCCUUUAUUACUCUCUCUCGGAUCAACUAUGGGGAAACUUUGAUCACGACAGCGACAUCCGGCAACUUCUAGCCGACCACAUAGAGAUGAACAAGGAUUAUUUCAUGCAAUUUGUCGUUGCUGAGGGCGGUGAACGACGACGACCCAAACGAACUGCCCAAUCGGCCUAUGCUACGCGUUCCGCCGACGUGUCGGCUCCGUCUGAAGAGGACAAGGAGCGACGGUUCGAGGCGAUGGUAAAUUUUACCCGGAAGAAUGGCGAGUGGGGUAGCUCCGAGCACCUCCAGGCUUUCUGUCAAGUGUUUAAGGUGGACAUCAAUGUGUAUACCAUGGAUGGUGUUCAAGCCUUCCGUGAUGUCAACGCUUCGCAUGAAGAGCAUCGAGAUGUAAUUCACGUCGCCUUUCACGACUUCAAACAUUACUCAUCAGUGCGGCCUAUUGAUGGCACCCACAGAGGCCUCUUCAAUGUUCGAAAGAGCACUGAUAGUAUCCCGUUCAGAGAACUAGGUGAAGACUCGAAGGAGUCGGCCUCCAACCAUAAAGAGACCAAUGAUAUCAAAACCCCCGACUUCACUGUGGAGACAGCCCACUCCUCUACAUCAUCUUCUUCAUCCGACAUUCCUCCUCCUACCAUGACUACCACCACAGCCACGACCCCUGAAACGGCCUCACAUGAUGCCGGUUUGGCUGUCGACGUUUUUCCGCCUUGGGACAUACAGUCCAUCCAAGAAGGCCUUGGGGGUCGAUAUGACCGUGACACGAUCGUGGACAUGCUUCAGAAAUGUCGUGGUGAUAUCGACCGGGCAUUCGCAGCCCUUCUCGAUGCAGUACCAGAGAAGAAGCCUGCCCCCGGUCCCUCUUUCAACUCCAGCAUCCAGGUAUCCCGAGAAUCGUCACCUUUCAGUACUGGUAGCAAGCGUUCUGCCGAGGACAGCGAGGACUCCGAUGACCCGCGACCAUCUGUCCGGCGCGUGCGACCGAAGAGACGUCUUGUCUCCAACCUCACCCUUGGUGUCGACAUCUCGUUUCGUGACGACCACAACGAGCUCGUUUCCCUCAAUCUCCAUAUGAAGUCUGAGGCAGAUGCUGAGAAAGCCAAGGCCGAGUCCGGUACCGAUGAUACUCAGGAAUCAUCCGACCAAUGUGCUUCAGAUGUUAAAAGAGGACCACGUCGCAGCGGCAGACUUUCCAAACCUCGACCGAUAUAA